AUGGGUGAACUUAAUGAGCCAAUGGCACACUCAGAUGGAGCACCUUCCGAUAAAAAGACUUUGAGAACUUCAUUUCUUCCCGCUGUUUUACCUUCGUCAGUCACAUCUGAUAUGUCACCAUUACAGAAAAAACUACUGACAUACCGAAGAUGCACCGAACAGCAAAAGAUGCUUAAUCAGUUACUAAUUGAUCGAGCUUUGAAAGCCUAUCACAUGUCCAUGGAAGAAAAAUAUCACAGAGCUCCUGUACCCCCUAUCCCAGAACUGCCUUCCACUAUGAACAGUGAGCAAGAACAACGAAGAACAAACUAUCUCUUUAUGAAGAAAUGCGUGCAAAGUAAUCCGGUGGUUCCCAUUCAGCAGCAGUGGUUAAUGUCCAUCCUUGCAUUGGUGCCACAGUCGUAUAUGGAAGGCAAAGAUAGAGAGCUGUUAGUGGAAAAGCUUUUAGGGGAGGUAACAAGGGAUUAUGAGAUGAGCAUGAGAAGAUGUGUGGUGCGAAGUGUUCUUAUUAAACCAGAUAUAAAAGGACUUGAAGAGGAUGCAACUUUGCCUUUAUCACCUCUAGGCCUGGAUUUUUCUAGACCGUGGCAUAACAGUUUUAUGAAAGCAAAAGAUCAAAUCCUUUCCAACUUGCACAUUCUCCACCCCACAAUGAAAACUCUACUGGAUCUUGGUUAUGCAGCAUUCUCUACCUUUCUUAUAGUGGAUUUCUCAAGUUUCAGAUUGAAAAGGCCAAUUGACUUAGAAUCUUUAAAGACUGAUGUCUCUCUAAGCUGUUCUAAAGCAGAAGAGAAAAUAUUGAAUACGUGGUAUCAAAGAGUUAUCGGUCUCUUUACUCAGAAGCAGGCAUUGAAUGGUGUGAAGUUGAAUCAGGUUGACUCUUUUUAUAACUGUGUGGCUACGCUUAUGUCUAAUCAGCUGAAAGAAUUAUUGAGAAGAACAGUUGAAGCUUUUGUGAAACUUUUUGAUCCUGAAGACAGAAAUUGUCUACCUGUAUUUAAGAUGGAACUGACUCUUGAUGAGAAGAAAAUGGAGUUUUAUCCAAGCUUCCAAGACCUAGAAGAAGCAAUUCUGUUUAUAGUAAAUCGUAUAGGACAGACUCUCCAGAACAUCCAGACAGUACGUUCGUGGCUAAUGGGAGGCACUACAACUCUGGACACUGAGCUUCCUAACCAUGUCAUAGCAUGGGCCACAUCUACACUGAAAAAAUCUAUCAGAGACAACUUAGAAGGUCUAAAGGAAUAUUUUGAAAACUAUGUUGAAAGGUAUUGCUGGCUUGUAGAUGGAACUGCACAGGCACGGAUAGAAAGAUUUGAAGCAGAAGAACACAGUUUUGAUGAAUAUACUGCUUUCAUAGAUGAAUUCUUCACCCUCAAGAAGGAAAUCUUGAGUUUACCAGAGGUGGCUCAUUUCCCUAUGAUCUGUUUGAAUUGUGAGGAUUUAAAGCAAGGUUUGUCCAGUAACGCAAAUACCUUUGCAAAAAUGCUGAUGAACAGGAUAGUUGCAAAUUACAGAGAGGAAAAUGAAAAGAUAUGCAGGGAAUUUGAAGCAAUUAAGGAAUGUGCAUUGAAAGCUCCUGAGACAACAGAAGAAAUGGUGGAAACAAUAGCUUACAUAAAGAAGGUCAAAACCAAAGGUAUUCAGGACCUGUUGUUAAGGAUCAAGGAGUGCUGUCGGCAGAUGAAUUACUUCUUAGAUGUGUUUCUAUUUGCUCCUGAAGACCUUGCACUGAAUGCAGCUGUUGUAUUAUGGCCAAAGAUGAUUAGCCCUAUUUUUGAUGAGCAUGAUGAGCUGAUUCAACAGUCUAAAUGUAAAAGAGAGCAAGAACUAACACAUAAAUAUGAGAAACUGAUGGUGGAAUUAGAGAAGCUGACACGUUGUGUGACAGAGUUCGAAGAAUACUCGGAACUGGGUUGCAUGCAACAGUAUGUGUCUGACUUGAGAGCGUUACAGAAGCGCAUACAGGAGGCUGAUGAAACAGUAGCUCUUAUAAAUAAAGAAGAGUCUCUGCUCGAAUGGAAACUGAGUGACUUCCCACUCCUCAACAACUUAAAAGUUGAUAUUGAACCAUAUCAGAAGCUCUUUCAUCUUAUACUGAAAUGGCAACGAACAGAAAAAAGAUGGAUGGAUGGUACCUUUCUGGAACUAAAUGGGGAAAGCAUGGAGGCUGAGGUUGAUGAGUUUUUUAGAGAGAUAUACAAGGUGUCAAGACUCUUCCAACAAAAGCAGAAGAAAAUUCAACAGGAGUGGAAGAAGACGUCACAACACAGAACUGCAAAAGAGAAGACAGAAGAAGAAACAAAGGCAAAUCCAACUCUUACAAUGUGUUCUUCAGUUCUGGAGCAGAUUAAAGACUUUAAGGAGAAUAUUCCCACUGUGACUAUCUUUUGUAACCCUGGCAUGAGAAGUCGUCAAUGGCAGCAGAUGUCAAAUAUAGUAGGAUAUGAUUUAACACCAGACUCUGGAACUACCCUGAGAAAAGUUUUAAAGCAGAAUCUAGCCCCUUAUUUGAAAGAGUUUGAAGCUAUAAGUGUAGGUGCAAGCAAGGAAUUUUCCUUAGAGAAAGCAAUGCGUGCCAUGAUGGAAACCUGGGAUUCAAUUUCCUUCAAUACAAGUGUGUAUCAUGAGACUGGUGUUCAUAUUCUGUCUGCGGUGGAUGAGAUUCAAGCUGUUCUCGAUGAUCAGAUUAUGCAAACUCACAUAAUGAGAGGAUCACCUUUCAUUAAACCAUUUGACAAAGAAAUCAGGGAAUGGGAAAAUCGCUUAAUUCAGAUUCAGGAGAUUAUUGAUGAGUGGCUGAAAGUGCAAGCACAGUGGCUUUAUUUGGAACCCAUUUUUUCUUCUGAGGAUAUUAUGCAACAGAUGCCAGAAGAGGGGCAUCACUUUCAGACUGUGGACAGACACUGGAGGGAUAUUAUGAAGUAUUGUGCCAAAGACCCAAAGGUUCUUGUUGCAACGUCCUUGAUAGGGUUAUUGGAGAAGCUUCAGAAGUGUAAUGAGCUUCUUGACAAAAUCAUGAAAGGACUUAAUGCUUAUCUUGAGAAAAAACGUCUCUUCUUUCCCCGCUUCUUUUUCUUGUCUGAUGAUGAAAUGUUGGAGAUCCUGUCAGAGACUAAGGAUCCUCUCAGAGUUCAGCCUCACUUGAAGAAGUGUUUUGAAGGCAUUGCUAAGCUCCAUUUCCUUCCCAGUUUGGAUAUUAAAGCAAUGUAUAGUUCUGAAGGGGAGUAUGUAGAACUGAUUUCAACCAUUUCUACUUCUGAAGCUCGAGGUGCCGUGGAGAAGUGGUUAACUCAAGUAGAAGAUAUUAUGCUGAAGAGUAUACAUGAUGUUAUUGCUAGAUCAAGAACGGCGUAUCUAGAGACUGAGAGAAAGAGAUGGGUUCUGGAGUGGCCUGGACAAGUAGUAUUGUGUGUGUCUCAAAUGUUCUGGACAAGUGAGGUACAUGAAGUUCUUCGCAGUGGGCCAAAGGGUUUAAAGGAUUAUUAUGAUAUGCUUCAGCUUCAACUUAAUGAUAUUGUAGAGCUGGUAAGAGGAAAACUGUCAAAGCAAACAAGGACUACACUGGGUGCCUUGGUUACUAUUGAUGUUCAUGCUAGAGAUGUCAUCAUGGAAAUGAUAGAAAGUGGCGUGCAGAGUGAAACAGACUUUCAGUGGCUUGCACAACUACGAUAUUAUUGGGAAUGUGAGAACGUUCAUGUCUGCAUCAUUAAUUGCAAUGUAAAAUAUGCCUAUGAAUACCUUGGAAACUCAUCACGCCUUGUCAUUACUCCUCUUACAGACAGGUGUUAUCGCACCUUGAUUGGAGCCUUUUAUUUAAACCUCGGUGGUGCCGCAGAGGGUCCAGCAGGGACAGGUAAAACAGAGACCACCAAAGACUUGGCUAAAGCUCUUGCCUUUCAGUGCGUUGUCUUCAACUGCUCUGAUGGCCUCGAUUACCUGGCAAUGGGAAAGUUUUUCAAGGGUUUGGCUUCAUCAGGUGCGUGGGCGUGUUUUGACGAAUUCAAUCGCAUUGAACUGGAAGUGCUGUCUGUUGUGGCACAGCAGAUCCUUUGCAUCCAGAGGGCCAUACAGAUAAAACUAGAAACAUUUAUUUUUGAAGGAACUGAACUGAAGCUUAACCCCAACUGUUUUGUAGCUAUUACUAUGAAUCCAGGUUAUGCAGGACGUUCCGAACUUCCAGAUAAUCUGAAGGUUCUUUUCCGAACAGUAGCAAUGAUGGUUCCUAACUAUGCUCUGAUAGCAGAAAUUUCGCUCUAUUCAUACGGAUUUUUGAAUGCGAAGUCACUCUCGGUGAAGAUAGUAAUGACCUACAGGCUUUGUUCAGAACAGCUUUCCUCUCAGUAUCACUAUGACUAUGGUAUGCGAGCAGUGAAAGCUGUGUUGGUGGCUGCUGGGAAUCUAAAACUGAAAUUUCCCAUGGAAGAUGAAGAUGUAUUGCUUCUUAGAUCAAUUAAGGAUGUGAACGAGCCCAAGUUUUUGUCACAUGACAUACCUCUGUUCAUGGGUAUAACUAGUGAUUUAUUUCCUGGAAUCAAGCUUCCUGAUGCAGACUACAAUGAUUUUCUGGAAUGUGCCACCGAAUGUUGCAUUCGACAUAAUGUCCAACCUGUAAAAGCUUUUAUAGAGAAAAUGAUCCAGACAUAUGAAAUGAUGAUUGUUAGACAUGGCUUUAUGCUGGUAGGGGAACCCUUUUCUGGGAAGACCAAAGUUCUACAUGUGUUGGCAGAUACACUGUCUCUUAUGAAAGAGCGUGGUUAUGGUGAAGAAGAAAAAGUAAUUUUUAGAACUGUGAACCCAAAAUCAAUCACUAUGGGUCAGCUUUUUGGGCAGUUUGAUACGGUAUCCCAUGAGUGGACAGAUGGUAUAAUUGCUAAUACUUUCAGAGAAUUUGCAUUAUCUGAGACUCCUGAACGCAAAUGGGUUAUCUUUGAUGGUCCAAUUGAUACUCUGUGGAUAGAAAGCAUGAACACAGUUCUGGAUGACAACAGAAAGCUUUGUUUGAUGAGUGGGGAAAUCAUCCAAAUGUCCCUUCAGAUGAAUCUUAUUUUUGAAACAAUGGAUCUUUCACAGGCAUCACCUGCUACAGUCAGUCGUUGUGGCAUGAUUUACUUGGAACCUUCUCAGCUGGGCUGGAGGCAUUGGUUAAUACCACCAGCAUUAAGACUCCGUCAGAAACAGUGCAAGGAACUGGUACCUACAAGCAAUACCAAUGUUGUAGUAGCUCUUACACGGCUUUUUGAAAUGUUGAUUUGUCAAACUGUGCAAGAAGAUCCCACCAACAGAAACAUCCGUGCAUGGAUUAUGGGUUGCUUUGCCUUUGCCACAAUCUGGUCCAUUGGUGGAACUUGUGAUGGUGACAGCAGGAUAAUUUUUGAUAAUUUCUUGAGGGAAACUUUGGCUGGGAAAUCUGGAAUAAAUCCUGUACCAACGAGUGUGGGAAAAUGGGAGUGUCCCUUUGAAGAGAAAGGCUUGGUCUAUGACUACCUGUAUGAGCUGAAAGGCAGAGGAUGUUGGGUUCAUUGGAACAGAUUUAUUAAAAAUAUUAAUUACAGUGAUAAAAAUGUGAAGAUUCAAGAUAUUAUAGUCCCAACUAUGGAUACAGUCCGAUAUACGUAUUUGAUAGAGCUAUUCGUUUCACGUGGAAAACCGCUGCUUUUAGUGGGACCAACAGGUACUGGGAAAUCUGUGUACGUCAAGAACAAGUUAAUGAACAACUUGGAAAAGGAGCGCUACUUUCCCUUCUUCAUUAAUUUUUCAGCUCGAACCAGUGCCAAUCAGACCCAGAACAUUAUUAUGGCCAGGCUGGACAAGAGGCGCAAAGGAGUCUUUGGCCCUCCAGUGGGAAAAAAGUGCAUUGUCUUUGUAGAUGAUAUGAAUAUGCCUGCUUUGGAGAAGUAUGGUGCACAGCCUCCUAUAGAACUUCUAAGACAGUUCUUUGACCAUGGAUUUUGGUAUGAUUUGAAGGAUACAUCUAAAAUUACACUUGUUGAUGUACUGCUGCUUGCUGCCAUGGGGCCUCCAGGCGGUGGGAGAAAUCCUGUUACCCCUCGAUUUUUGCGACACUUCAACAUUUGCACUAUUAAUCCUUUUAGCGAUGAAACAAUGGUCCGCAUCUUCUCUACUGUAGUAGCUUUCUACCUACAGACUAGUGAAUUUUCUUCUGAGUUCUUCACAGUUGGAAAUCAAAUUGUCACUGCCACUUUAGAGGUGUAUAAGAAAGCCAUCAAAAAUCUUUUGCCCACACCAGCCAAAUCUCAUUAUACAUUCAACCUGCGUGACUUUUCACGUGUUAUCCAUGGCUGCUUGCUCAUUAAGAGAAAAUCAGUUGAAAGCAAACACGUAAUGAUUCGGCUGUUUGUACAUGAGGUAUUUCGUGUCUUCUAUGACCGUCUAGUGGAAGACAAUGAUAGAGCCUGGUUGUUCAAUUUAAUGAAAGAUAUUGUGAAAGAACAUUUCAAAGAAGCAUUUGAUUCAGUUUUUGCACACCUGAAGCAAGGGAACACAGCUGUAACUGAAGAAAACAUGAGAAGUUUGUUUUUUGGUGACUACAUGGUUCCAGAACAUGAGGGAGGUGAAAGACUUUAUGUUGAAAUUCCAAGCAUUCAGCUGUUCGGUGAUGUUGUGGAGCAGUGUCUGGAUGAAUAUAAUCAAAUCCACAAAACAAGAAUGAACCUUGUAGUUUUCAGGUAUACGUUGGAACAUUUGUCUCGUAUAAGCCGUAUUCUGAAGCAGCCAGGGGGUAAUGCUUUGUUGGUUGGAAUGGGAGGAAGUGGACGUCAGUCUUUGACUCGUCUAGCAGCAUUCAUGGCAAAAAUGUGUGUUUUUCAACCAGAGAUUUCUAAGAUCUAUGGUGCAAAUGAGUGGAGAGAAGAUCUGAAAAGUCUUCUGAAGAAUGCAGGUGUAAAAGGCUUGAAAACUGUAUUUAUAAUCACAGAUGCACAAAUUAAAGAAGAAAGCUUUUUAGAAGAUGUUGACAGUGUCCUGAACACUGGGGAGGUACCCAGUCUUUUUGCAACAAAUGAAAAACAAGAAAUUAUAGAGGGUGUUCGUGCAAUAGUUCAGGCUGGCAACAAACAUGAAGAACUCAGUCUCUUGGCCUUGUUUGCAUUUUUUGUGAACUGCUGCAAAGAAAAUCUCCAUAUUGUGCUAGCAUUCAGCCCAAUUGGAGAUGCUUUCCGCAAUCGUCUGAGACAGUUUCCCUCACUCAUCAACUGCUGUACUAUUGAUUGGUUCCAGCCAUGGCCUGAAGAUGCCCUUGAAUGUGUGGCUAAUAAGUUCUUAGAAACACUUCAGCUCACAGACAGAGAGCGUCAGGAAGUUGUGCCCAUCUGUAAAUACUUUCAUACAUCAGUUCAGUCACUCUCUGUAAGGUUCUUGCAAAGUCUGGGAUGCCAUAAUUAUGUUACUCCUACUUCUUAUCUUGAGCUUAUUGCUACGUUUCGGAAACUUCUUACUCAGAAACGAGGCACUGUAAUGAAAGCCAAGAAGAAGUACAUGAAUGGACUAGAUAAACUAGCUUUUGCUGAAUCACAGGUUGGUGAGAUGAAACAAGAACUAGUUCAACUGCAGCCCAAACUGGAAGAGGCUAAAUUGGAUAAUGCAAACAUGAUGAAGACAAUAGAAAUAGAAUCUGCAGAAGUAGAACAAAAAAGAAAAACUGUAAAAGUAGAUGAAGAAAUUGCCACAGAAAAAGCUGAAGAAGCUCAGACAUUGAAAAAUGAAUGUGAGAGUGACCUGGCAGAGGCGAUCCCAGCCCUGGAGGCCGCACUGGAUGCUCUUGACACUUUGAAGCCUUCUGAUAUAUCAAUUGUCAAAUCAAUGAAAAAUCCUCCAUCUGGUGUCAAACUUGUCAUGGCUGCUGUCUGUGUCAUGAAAGACAUAAAACCUGAAAAAAUUGCAGAUCCUUCAGGGACUGGAGGCAAGAUCUUGGAUUACUGGGGUCCGAGCAAGAAACUGCUUGGUGACAUGAAUUUCUUAAAGGAUUUGAAAGAAUAUGACAAGGACAAUAUUCCAGCAGCUGUCAUGCAGAAGAUUCGUGCUGAAUACUUGACUAAUCCUGAGUUUGAUCCACAAAAGGUGGCUAAAGCUUCCUCGGCAGCAGAGGGUUUAUGUAAAUGGAUUACGGCAAUGGAGGUGUAUGACAGGGUUGCAAAGGUGGUUGCACCCAAGAAAGAUCGUUUAAGAGAGGCACAGCAGUCCUUAGCAGAGACGCUGACACUCUUGAAUCAGAAGAGAGAAGAACUUGCAGCAGUUGAAAAUCAUUUGGCUGGUUUGGAACGAACCUUCACUGAGAAAACUGAAGAAAAGGCUCGUUUAGAAUACCAGGUUGAUCUGUGUGCUAAAAAACUAGAACGAGCAGAGAAGUUGAUUGGAGGCCUUGGUGGAGAGAAAUCAAGAUGGAAUAAUGCUGCAAAUGAUCUUCAAGACACAUAUGAUAAUUUGACAGGAGAUGUUCUGUUAUCAGCUGGUGUGAUAGCAUAUCUGGGAGCUUUUACUGCUGGAUUUCGACAAGAAUGUACCAAAGAUUGGAGCAAAUUGUGCAAGGAGAAAAAUAUCCCUUGUUCUGAGAAUUUCUCUUUGAGUAAGACUCUUGGUGACCCAAUAAAAAUAAGAGCUUGGAAUAUUGCUGGUUUGCCAACUGACAUGUUUUCCAUAGACAAUGGGGUCAUUGUUGACAAUUCAGGACGUUGGCCAUUAAUUAUUGAUCCUCAAGGUCAAGCAAAUAAAUGGAUCAAGAAUUAUGAGAAGGAAAACCGCCUCAGUGUUAUCAAGUUCAGUGACACAGAUUAUAUGAGAACCCUGGAGAACUGCAUUCAGUCUGGAACUCCACUGCUACUAGAAAAUGUUGGAGAAGAACUAGACCCAUCGCUUGAACCUUUACUACUUAAACAGACUUUUAAGCAAGGAGGCAUGGAGUGUAUCAGGCUGGGUGAGACCAUUAUUGAGUAUUCCAGUGAUUUCAAGUUUUUUAUUACCACAAAACUGAGAAAUCCACAUUAUAUGCCUGAACUUGCUACAAAAGUUUCUUUACUCAAUUUUAUGAUAACACCAGAGGGACUUGAAGACCAAUUGCUAGGUAUUGUUGUAGCAAAAGAGAGACCAGAAUUAGAAGAGGAAAGAAAUGCUCUCAUCCUUCAAUCUGCAGCCAAUAAAAAGCAUCUAAAAGAAAUUGAGAAGAAAAUUUUGGAAACCUUGCAUUCAUCUGAAGGGAAUAUUCUGGAAGACGAGACUGCUAUCAACGUUUUGGAUUCUGCUAAAAUAAUGGCUAAUGAGAUCACGAAAAAACAGCAGAUUGCAGAGAAAACAGAACUUAAAAUAGCCGAAUCUCGAGAACGUUAUCGACCUAUUGUAAAGCAUUCAUCGGUGCUGUUCUUCAGUGUUGCAGACUUGGCAAACAUUGAUCCCAUGUACCAAUACUCCCUUAGCUGGUUUGUUAAGCUCUUCAUCAACUCUAUUCAUGAUAGUAACAAAUCCAAAGUUUUGGAGAAGCGAGUUCAAUAUCUAAAUUACCACUUUACAUACAAUUUGUAUUGCAAUGUGUGUCGUUCACUGUUUGAAAAGGACAAGCUGCUCUUCUCGUUUUUGCUGUGUUGUAAUCUUCUCAUGGCUAAAAAUGAAAUAGAAUAUCAAGAGUUUAUGUUCUUACUAACUGGGGGUGUGGGUCUCAAGAAUAAGUACAAGAAUCCAGAUCCAUCUUGGCUACCAGAUAAGAGCUGGGAUGAAUUAUGCCGUGCAAGUGAAAUCCCGGCUUUGAAAGGACUGAGGAGUCACAUCUCUGAAAAUACAGGCGAAUGGCAAAAAAUUUAUGACAUCAAAGAGCCACAAAGCUUUCAAUUACCGGAACAAUUUAAUAAUACAUUAAAUGAGUUACAAAAAAUGAUAAUUCUUCGGUGCUUAAGACCAGACAAGAUUGGUCCAGCUAUAACAGCAUUUGUAACUGAUAAACUUGGGAAGAAAUUUGUAGAGCCACCACCUUUUGAUCUAACAAAAAGUUACUUAGAUUCAAAUUCUACAAUCCCUUUAAUAUUUGUCCUAUCUCCAGGAGCAGAUCCCAUGUCUAGCCUCCUGAAAUUUGCAAAUGACAGAGGGAUGGUUGGAGAGAAGUUCCAGUCCAUCUCCUUAGGACAAGGACAAGGACCUAUAGCUACAAAAAUGAUUCAAAAGGGAAUGGAAGAAGGAACCUGGGUUUGUUUACAAAAUUGUCAUUUAGCUGUCUCCUGGAUGCCGAUGCUGGAGAAAAUAUGUGAAGAGUUUAACAAUGAAAAAUGCCAUCCAGCCUUCAGACUUUGGCUUACUAGUUACCCUUCACCAAAGUUUCCAGUAACCAUUCUGCAGAAUGGAGUGAAGAUGACACAUGAACCUCCUACUGGUCUCCGGUUAAACCUUCUGCAGUCAUUUCUUUCUGAUCCUAUUUCUGAUCCUGCAUUUUUCUCUGGAUGCCCUGAAAAGGAGUUGGUAUGGGAGAAACUGCUGUUUGGAGUUUGUUUUUUUCAUGCUCUUGUUCAGGAGAGAAGAAAAUUUGGUCCUCUUGGUUGGAAUAUACCCUAUGGAUUUAAUGAAUCAGACUUGCAGAUCAGUAUCAGACAGCUGCAGUUAUUCAUAAAUGAAUAUAGCCAUGUUCCUUUUGAAGCUGUAUCUUACCUAACUGGUGAGUGCAACUAUGGAGGUCGAGUGACAGACGACUGGGACAGACGUUUACUGCUGACAAUGCUGGAUGACUUCUAUAAUCCAGAUAUAAUUGAAAAUCCUCGUUACACUUUUUGUCCCAGUGGAAAAUAUUAUGCUCCACCAAAAGGCACAUAUGAGGACUACAUUGAGUUUAUUAAGAGUCUUCCCCUUAGUCAGCAACCAGAGGUAUUUGGUUUGCAUGAAAAUGUGGAUAUUUCAAAAGAUCUUCAGCAAACUAAGAUCCUCUUUGAAUCUCUGCUUUUAACACAAGGAGGAGGCACUCAGGGAACUUCUGGAGAUGGUGACAGCACUCUUUAUGAAAUUGCAGAUGAUAUUCUCAGCAAGCUUCCAAAUGAUUUUGACAUUGAAGGUUGUCUAAGUAAAUACCCGGUGAGAUAUGAAGAAAGUAUGAACACUGUUUUGGUGCAAGAAAUGAAAAGAUUUAACAGUUUAAUCCAAACUAUUCGUGUUACACUAAUUAACCUGAAGAAAGCCAUUAAAGGUCUGGUUGUAAUGGAUGCUGAACUGGAGGCUCUGUGUGGCAGUCUGCUUAUUGGAAAAGUUCCUGAGAGUUGGGCGAAACGUUCAUACCCAAGUCUAAAACCACUAGGGAGCUACAUUGUAGAUCUUCUAGAAAGGCUGAAAUUUUUACAGGAUUGGUAUGAAUCAGGGAAGCCCACGGUAUUUUGGCUGUCGGGAUUCUAUUUUACUCAAGCUUUUUUAACUGGAGCUAUGCAAAACUAUGCUAGGAAGCACAGGAUCCCUAUUGACCUUCUGGAAUAUGAAUUUCAGGUUAUUCCUCAGGAUACUGCUGAUACUGCACCAGAAGAUGGCGUUUAUAUCCACGGAUUAUUUUUAGACGGAGCUCGCUGGGACAGGACCAAGGGCCUGUUAGCUGAGCAGUAUCCCAAAUUGCUCUUUGAUACAAUGCCAAUCAUUUGGAUAAAGCCAACUGCAAAAUCGGACAUAAAGAAAUCUAUUGCCUAUGUUUGCCCACUCUACAAGACAAGCGAGCGUAAAGGAAUCUUAUCUACUACUGGACAUUCUACUAACUUCGUCAUUGCUUUGACACUUAACACGGAUAAACCAGUUCAACACUGGAUCAAGCGAGGUGUUGCGUUGCUCUGCCAGCUGGAUGACUAA